AUGACGACUCAGCGCAAAGUAAAGGUUCUCGUUCUUCCUGGCGAUAAUGCUGGACCGGAGGUGGUUUCUGAAGGUGUAAAAAUUCUCAAAGCUAUUUCUAACUUGAGAACAAAGUACAACGGGGUGGAAAUUGAACUUAUAGAAGGGAAAAUCGGAGGCGCAGCCAUUGACGAUACAGGUUCCCCAUUGCCCGAAGAAACUUUGAAAACUGCAAAAGAAUCCGACGCAAUCUUACUUGGGGCAGUUGGCGGGCCCGCAUGGCCUCGCCCUAUCGAUCCCAACGACCCAUCGAAAGGUGUAGGUCCCCGUCCUGAACAAGGGCUAUUGGAAAUUCGUAAGGCUCUUGAUUUAUACGCGAAUCUCCGUCCCUGUUCAUUUGCGAGCGAUUCGUUGAUUGCCUAUUCCCCGUUGAAGGAAGAUGUGGUCAAAGGCACGGAGUUUACAAUAGUUCGUGAGCUAGUGGGGGGAAUUUAUUUUGGUGAUAGAAAAGAGGAAGAUGAAAAUGGUCAAGCAUUUGACACCCUGCCGUAUUCUGUUGAAGAGGUCAAAAGAAUAACUCGUUUGGCUGCACAUCUGGCACUCGAAAAAAAUCCGCCGGCCACAAUACAUUCACUCGAUAAGGCCAAUGUUCUUGCCACAUCCCGGCUCUGGCGUCGAGUCGUCACUGAAACUAUCGAAAAAGAGUUUCCCACCAUUCCUCUUAAACAUCAUUAUAUUGACGCUGCUGCCAUGUUCUUGGUGAAAAGUCCAAAAUUGCUUAAUGGUAUCAUUCUUACUGAGAAUUUAUUUGGCGAUAUCUUAAGCGACGAGGCGAGUGUCAUUCCUGGUAGUCUUGGUCUCUUGCCAUCUGCCAGUCUCAGUGGUUUGCCUGAUGGAAAAAAUAAAUGCCUUGGAUUGUAUGAGCCCAUUCAUGGUUCGGCACCUGAUAUUGCCGGUCAGGGGGUAGUGAACCCCGUUGCAACUAUCUUGAGUGUAGCUAUGCUACUCAGAUAUUCGCUGAAUUUGCACCGUGAAGCAAAAGCAGUCGAGGAUGCCGUGCGAAAAGUGUUGGAUGAAGAGGAACUAGGUGGUUUCGGUUGUCGCACCAAAGAUCUGGCUGGUACACAUACCACCUCUCAAAUUGGCGAUAAAAUUGUGGAAGUUCUUGAGGGAUAUUUGGAAGGUCUUAACUCCGAAGAUCGUAUUUCUAAUAUGAGACCUUCACGUGGUUUAUUAUUGAAAAGGCCCCCUGGUCGACGUGGUAUGACUUUGUGUGAAAAAACGAUAGCUCAUGCCGCCAUUGGUCUUCCGUCCCCUGGCCACGUGAAGCCUGGUGAGAUGGUCUGCGUAUCUGUCGAUUGGACUUUGGCAUCUGAACUUACCUGGAAAGGCAUGGAAAAGACUUUUGAUGUUAUGGGUCGACCAAACAUUCAUCGUAACGAUCGAUUUUGGCUCGCCAUUGAUCAUACCGUUGAUCCUAGGAUCAACCACCUUCCUAAGCCCGCCGAACUGAUUCGCUCCUCGGAAGAGUUUGCAAAGGAAGCUAAGCUAGUUGAUUUCUAUCGUCCCAAUCAUACAAUUCUACACACCGAAUUCUACAGAACACGUGCACAACCUGGUCAAAUGAUCAUCGGCGCUGAUUCACAUUCGUGUUCUGCGGGUGCUGUGAGUGCAUUUGCCGUAGGACUUGGUGCUGCCGACGUUGUCAUGCCCAUGGUGACCGGGGAGACAUGGUUUAAGGUACCGGAGACCGUGGAGAUUAGGUUUGUUGGUAAACCACCUUUUGGUAUCGGUGGAAAAGACACAAUUCUAUAUGUACUCGGAAAACUUAAACGAAACACUGUUGCCUUUGAACGUGCCGUGGAAUAUACUGGGCCUGGAUUGAAGUACCUUUCUUGUGAUGCUCGUUUCGCCAUUUCAAAUAUGGCCACUGAGUUCGGUGGUAUCGCGGGUGUAUUUGAAGGUGAUGAGAUUACGGCCGCAUUUAUUGCCAAACGGAAGAAUCCUUCUUACAAGAAUUCGGCACUUUACUUCCGUGCUGAUCCUGACGCGGUCUAUGCGGAGACCCAUAUAAUUGAUCUUUCCGAGGUUGACUCCUUGGUCGCGUUGUAUCCAUCACCUGAUGAUGUUGUUCCCGUCAAGGAAGUCGAAGGAAAAAAAUUAGAUGGUGUGUUUAUUGGUGCUUGCACAACGGCAGAGGAGGAUUUGAUUCUUGCUGCUUUGGUUCUAGAGCAAGGUCUUAAGAAAGGAUAUGUACCUUCCAUUGGCGGCACAAGACGAGUUACCCCCGGUAGCUUGCCGAUUAUUGCAAAAUUACGUCGACUCGGUCUGUUGAAAUUUUAUGAGCAGGCUGGAUUUGAAAUCGGAGCGCCUGGUUGUUCUUACUGUAUUGCUGUUGCGGCUGACCAUGCCGGCGAAGGAGAAGUUUGGCUUAGUAGUCAAAAUAGAAACUUUAGAAACCGAAUGGCAUGUAUACUAAUGGGUAAAGGUGCUAUCGGAAAUCUGGCAUCUGCUGCCACAGUUGCCGCCUCAUCCUUUGAGAUGAAGAUUCACGAUCCAAGAGAAUUGCUUGAUUGCAUUGAUCCCGAAAAAUACCAAGAAUACCUUGAACAAUGGAUGGAUCAAGGUGCACCAUUCGUCAUUUCAGAGCCAAACCCCAUCAUCCUUGAUUCCGACAAUCCAUCAUCUCAAAGUUUCGAUCUUCCACCACCGCCUUCCUCAUUCUCUGCACCGAUCACCGGAAAAGUGCAACGUUUCGAAGACAAUGUGGACACUGAUGCAAUAAUCCCUGCUCAAUUCAUGCCUGGUACGAGCGACGAAGAUCUGGGUAGUCAUGCGUUCCAAUACGUGAAGCCGGAUUUCGUUGAAAAGGUGAAGCAAGGGUAUGACAUAGUUGUUGGAGGCAAAGGGUUCGGAUCCGGUUCGUCAAGAGAGGAGGCACCCCGAGCCCUGAAAGGUGCCGGAGUGAAAGCAGUGAUCGCCAAGAGUUACGCGUAUAUUUAUGGUCGUAACCAGCCGAAUAUGGCACUCCUUGGCGUAACUGUGGGAGAUGAAGAAUUCUACACGCUUGCACAAGAAGGAGCCGAAGUGAAGAUUGACGUUAAAGGUCGCAAGGUCAUUUGCGGUGGCAAGGAAUUUAAAUUUGAAUUAUCAGAGAUGGAAGAAAAGUUGAUCGCCGCGGGUGGUGUGACGGAGAUGUAUAAUAAAUAUGGUGUUAAUUUAUUCAGAGUAGCAAUUUCUGACACUGGAGGGUCAGGUUGCGGUUCGGCGGCUUUGCAGGAUGAUAAAGGCUGCGGAACGGGAACUAAAGAGUUGGUUUGGUGA